GCUAGUCAUCUUCCACCUAGCCACUGCCUCAACAAUGCCAGCACCCGGGGCUUUGGACAUAUGCCGCCAAAAAGCCAGUGGGGGCAUUUCAGCUGUGGGGAGGCCUUUUUGUGCAUUUUGCCUCCCUACACCAAAAAAACCUCUUGGGAACAGCAGGGUGGAGUGGCCGCCACGUCGCAUCUGGAUACCCAGUCCUUUGGGUGGGGCAGUUAGGUGCAAAUCCAGUGAUGAUGAAGAUGAUGGUCUUUUUUGAGUGUGUCAGGCUGGCAUAGUCUGAUUUGGAUAUAGAUCUGAGGUUUGACAUUGUGUCUGGUUGCAGUGUAAAAACUCAUCCACACAGCCACAUUUUAAGCCUUGUUUACACUUCUGAGAGUUUAAGUCUUGUGCUUUUUUAUCAAGAUUUUUAUCAAGCAGCAGUGCAGAAGAACUGUAGAUGUUAAGUAUUUUUGAAGCACAUUCAUAGUUGUCUUAGCCAUCCUGAGAUUCUUGAAUAAAAGUAUCCUAUAGAAACUGGCAUUUUGCUGAAAGUGGCUGCUGAUAUUUGAUAAAAUAAGAACAUAAGAACUAGCCUGCUGGAUCAGACCAGAGUCCAUCUAGUCCAGCAUUCUGCUACUCGCAGUGGCCCACCAGGUGCCUUUGGGAGCUCAUGUACAACCUGUAUUGGUACAACCUGUAUUUCUAGUUUUGAUUAGUAUGGAAACCAUAUUUUCUGAGUAUAUGGAUGGGGAAAGACCUUGGUUGGGAGCUUAAGAAAUGAAAUACUGCAACUCAUUUACUAGUCAAUUUUUUUUUCCGGAUAAAGAGCUUCACACUUCCCCCAGUUUCAAGUUGGGGUUAAACCAAAUGUAUCAUGUCUGAUGCAUAAAAUGAACUGUUUGUAAAUGCAAAGCGAGAGAGGAGAGCUGGGGACGGGAGAGGAGCGCCGCGCUGGACUCCCCCUUGAAGAAAGCAGCAUGAUAUUGUGGGCUGAUGAUCCGGUGGAAUCCUUUCUAUUGCUUCCUACGCGGGGCUGCUGAGCCGGGGCCCAGAAGGCUUCCGGGUGCACGCCUGACACCCCGCUCCCCCCCCACCCAGAAGACUACCAGGUGAUUGGCUGGCUGUGUGGGAUGCGGAGGACUUUCCUGAUUGGCCGCUCCCAUUUCUCCUCACAGCGGGCGGGCGAGGCUUGGGGGUUGUCAUGGAGACGCGCCGCGCGGAGGGAUCUGGGGGACCUUGCGAAGCAGCAGCCCUCGAGCCGACUUGAGCGCCGCGGCAGAGGGAAGAGCCGCGGAGGGAGACCAAGGCGGCGCUGCAGCAGUGGCGCCCAGAGGAGGCCGGGCGGCGGCGGCGGCGGCGGGGCAGUUCCAGCCGCCGCGGGGUGGGGGGCUGUGGCCGGGGAGGGCAUGGAGGCGGCGAGGCAGAGGCCAAGGACGGCCCCCGGCUCCACCCCCAAGGCGACGCCGCCCCCACCUCUGCCCGUGCCCUCCGAAAGCAUGGUUUCAUCAUCAUCCUUAAGCAGCGACAGUUUGGAUGAGGACUGGCUUAUGAAGAUUACCUGCCCAGGAGCUCGUCAUCGAUACUCUAGGAAUGUCCGAUCCAGAAAGCCUGCUAAAACUGAAUUCCUACGGAAUGUGGAUACAGAAGAUGAGAUAUUCAAAUGUUCAACUAGCACAUCUUACCAGAGCUACAUGGGAUUGCCAAGGACGGAGAGUUCAGAGCUAGACUGGCUCAUAAGACUUCGCUGUCCAAGGGCCCAGAUGGAGAAGCCGGUUUCAGAUCCAAAACAAUCUCUUCCAGCCGUCUCCCCGCUGAGCAAGACUGGAGGAAGCCAUCUGCCACUGAGAGCAAAACCUUCCGGGAGCUGGCUGGCACAGAAGCAUUUGUCUGCUAUGCAGGUUGUAGUUAGUGGACAACAGUGUGCGGGCGAUUCCACCCAGUCCCUGCUGGAAAGAGAAAAUUGCUUUGUCCGGGAAGUAGACAGGUAUUUGAAGCACAAUGAUUUCAUAGCUCUAAGGAGGAAGGAAAUGCAGUACAAGAAAUGGUUUGAGAAUGUUUCAAGCCCGCUUCUGCAGAAAAUCCAGGACAAAGUGGACAGCCAGUCAAGUGAAGAAAUAGAGGAAAGAAAACGAAAACAGCUCUCUCUUUACUUGAACUACCAGAAUAAGCAGCACGGUGCAUUUCUAGAGAGCUACAAUCCUUCAGCUUAUGAUCCUUUCUUUCUGCAGAGCACAGACUUCUGGAAGGUUUCAGUGCCACCUUUGUGUGACCCCUUGCUAAAGGAGGUACAAGGAAGAUAUCUUGAGGAAGGGAUUAUCCGGCAGUGUGACGCAGGAAGAAUGUACUCUUCCAAAGAAAUGAGUGAAUUCCUUAAGGCUGAUCUGCCCCUUCUUCCUUUGUGCCGGCAAGUUAUGAAUCCGAUAGAAUGGCUGAAAAUCCCAUCUGGUUAUGUUGACAGUGAGGUGCGUCAAAAGAGCAGGACCAGACGUGUGAAAGAUCCUAGCGAGAGUCAAAAGCCUGGCAUUCGGAGAGCCUCCCCCCCUCCAAAGCAGAGAGUGGCUUCAGCUGGUAGCCCCCUUGCCUUCUACUCUGCCUGCUAACCCCAAGGGAAUACUUUCCGCUGAAGGCAUUAGUCCUUCCUGCCCACUUUAAUGGAUGUUCUCGUAACGCACAUUUUAUAUUGUCCCUCAGUCCAGUUGCUGUAGGCUUUCAGAAGUUUUAUUUUACCAACUACCAACUAGCAGAAAUUGACAAGGACAGCUGACUUGCCCUGGCACAACCUGCGAGCAACACAGCAGCACAAGCCAGCCAGGACAGGCAGCAUUAACUGUGCUAAAUUUCGUUCUGUUAAAGGCGUAGGAUGAACUCCACCAGAAACAAGAGCUCGAUGGACUUCAAGUGCUGGGGAGACCAGACCUGGCUUCUGCCAAGCACGAGACGGGCCUCUGCCUGGCAAUGAGACGAGCCUCCUGGCCACACAAGCGCAGGCAGCUCAUCAGGUUGGAAACCAGCAAUAAAAUCUGCUUCGUAACGAAACCUUGUUGCAUUCAUUGUACGCAACCGUAGACCAAAAGCAACCGGGACAAUCUGAGGCACGCUGGGCAGUGAAUGUUUUGGAGCCCUCAGCAUCUGACUUGCUCAGUAAGACACGAGAGCGCCACGGGACCCUUGAAGCAGCUCUCCCGCUUCGGUGUUUUAUACCCUCCAGUGAGGCAUUUAUAAUACAGUUAAGCGGGUGGUGUUAAUCCAGAUGGCUUUACCUAUGGAGAAUUAGAAAGGUGUGCUGCUUCUUGCUACAUAAUACUCAAGGAACACAUGGAUCAGACGCUCUGCAAAAACGCUCUGGAAAGCUCAGCCUCCAUGUAGCCGCCUCGGUUGCAGCAACACAACCUUUCAGAUAGCUCAGCAGUCACUUGUGCCGCUGGGACGUGUGCAGAAGGCAGGCCCAUCUCAGUCCCCCUGAAGGGCUCUGGAGGGUCACUCCCAGACCCGUCGAGCGAGCAGUGGUGGUGUGUGUGGCACGAGUGUUGGGGCUGUGGUGCAUGCAGGAGAACUCUCCAUCACAUUUAAGUGCAUUUGAAAACAAACGGACUGACACAAAAAUCCACUUUUAUUUUAGGUGUUACUAAAACUUCAACCAGCCCAGCUCCCUUCUCACAUAAUUCCUCCCCUCCCAAAUGAGCAAGGGGGUCAUGAUAAAUCAGUCCAGAAGUUAAAAUGGAACUGUUUAGCAGGUGGCAAAGUUUUUUAAAGACCUUGUGGAAGUCUUCCACUAUAGGAUGUUUAGGCUGAGUUUACUAUUUUUUUUACAGUGCCCUAAAUUAACUUUUGGAAAUCAAUUUCCAAACUGGUUUGUUCUCAGCUGUGUAGCCUCAGGGUGAUGCUCACCAUUUAAAGCAGGUCAUAAGACCUGGACUUCAGUUACAAUGGGAAGGCUACUGCUGCCAUUUCAGCACAUGUUGACCUAGCAAACGCCAGGUAAUCUUGCAGGAUAACUUCUGUAACCAGAAGCGGGCAACAACCGGAGGCAGAGCCCAGGAGAUGAACUGGGCCAGUUCUCUGUGCUGACGAAGAACAAAAGUGGAUUUGCAUGGCCCAGUUGGGGACCAUGUCUGACACAUCUUGUUCUUCCGGCAGCUGCCUACUGUGCAAAGUAAUGGAUAAAGACUCUGAUGUCGAUCUUGAUCUACACACUUGUUCAUCUGCUGGGGAAUUUGUCCUCCUCCACCUACUGUCAUAAAAUUUGCCAGUCCCGAACAAGGAAAAUAACCUGACAGCAAUAAUGGCGUUUAAUUUCCCUCCAAAGUCCCUGCCGAGAAACUUAUUUUUUCACACUCAAGGAAACACUAGCAGGUGACUUGUCAUUUAAAUGUGCUGUCUUGUGAGAACUGAGUUUCUGCACAUAUCCUGAACUCUGCUAAACGUAAAACAGCUUUUGUUGUUCUGUCUCGCAACAGUUGUCACAUACAAGAGUUUAGGGAAAGCUGGCGGUGGUUCUGAUUAACGGAAUACAAACUCUCAGAAAACUCUUUAAUGUAGCAUUAGAAACACACUGAUACAUUCAGACUGGCUUUGCUGUUCCGUUCAGGAGAUUUUCAGCCACCAUGUGAAGUUACAUAAGAGCCUGGUAAUGAUUCAUAAGACAAGUUGGUAAUGCCGUUACCAUGGCUGAGUGUUUGUGGAAUGCAAAAGACCUCUCCUCCACUCUUCAGCGUUCCCAAUAAUAAGCACGGUUCCCCCGGGCCAGAGGCGGCGUUUCAGCCCAGCUUUUGAGCCACAGGAGGCCCCGGCAGGCUCUCUGGCUUUACAUGAAAGAGACGGCUUCCUGCCCAUUUGAUUCCUUAAAACUGUAUGAGCAAUUCCUAUUUUAAAAAGUAUAAUUUACAUUCUGACAAUUUCCCCCAUGAAUUUAAGUUCCUGUACUCUUUUGCACUCAGCAGUACAAUAAAAUAUGCUUUAGAAAACCAA